GAAGAGUGGAUUAUCAACUUUCAAUCGUGAAUUUGUUAUUAAUUUGGCAGAAAUAACGACUGGUAGCAUGAAAAUCUACUGCUACGUUUCGAAAAGCGAUGAUCGAGACAGAGAAGAUGCCAAAAAACAUGGUGUGAAUUUAAUCAACGCUGAGGCUGUUCCUGGAUCGCGUGAUCCUUUAGACUGGUUAAAAGUUCCACCUCCCGAGCUUCAGCAUCCACAUGUCAUCAUUAGUCACGGCAGAAAACUUGGAACUCCAGCGUGCCACAUUGUACGAGCUGCAAAAUGUAAAUGGAUUCAGUUCGUCCACGUCUUCUGUGAGGACCUUGGGAAAUACAAGAAAACACCUCCGGCUAUAAUAGAUACGAUCGAAGAGAACGAAGAGAAGCAAAAGAUGGAAAUUGAGUUGUGUAAAGCAGCAGAUGCAGUCGUCGCCGUCGGCUCCCGUCUACAACAGAAGUACAGCAGAAGUCUCCUUAAUGUUAAGGUGGAGAUUAUCACUCCUGGGAUCUUUGGAAUGUUUUCCAAUGAAUCGAAGUUGGCUGUAGACAGAGCAGUAGUAAAGCAUUUUAACGUGUCUAUGUUCGGCCGAGCUACCUUUGAGGAUCUCUCCCUGAAAGGAUACGAUAUUGUCGCAAAUGCCAUAGGGCCUCUGGGUAGGAACUUUGAGCUGACAUUUGUGGGCUCAUCUCCUGGUGAACAUCGACAAGUUGAGCAAUGGUUUCUUGACAACACUGGAGUGAGCCGCAACCAACUAACCAUCCGUGGAUAUUGCAGUGAUCCAGAGGAACUUAAGUUGAUGUUCUAUCAGUCAGACUUGGUUGCUCUACCUCCUCGUACCGAAGGCUUUGGGCUUGUCGCGCUCGAAGCCAUUUCUGCUGGUAUUCCUAUACUUGUUUCUGGUGAAUCUGGCAUAGCUGAGGCUCUGAGAAAAGUUGAAGGUGGGAACACUGUUAUUGUUGAAUUGGAUGAAGAUGCAGAUGAAUGGGCACGAAGGAUUAGAGAGGUGUCUGAAGAAGGCGCUGAAGAAAGAGAAGCUAAAGCCAGACGGCUUAGAGAUAACUACAGAAAGGUGUACUCUUGGAGAGCAGAAUGUGAGAGAUUCAAAGGAAUGAUUGAGAAAGUGGCGAAAAAUGCAAAUGCAGUUGAUAAGUUGGAUAUUACUAUUGAUGUGGAAGACCAAAAACCUGCUGAAUCCAAUAAUCAGACAACAGCUUCCAUCGUGGAGUCUGAAAAAUACCAAAUGGAUGAGCUCCAAAAGUCAUCUGCUGCACCAGAAAUGCAGGGAAGUGUGUCUCAUCCAAAAUCUCUCCAAGUGCUUGGAGAGAAAUUCUUUUUAUCAGCUUGGAAAAACUAUCUUAAGACUACACCACUACAGAGCAAGGAAAAGCGUGAUGAGUUCAUGGGCUUCAUGCAAGACCUUUUGGGUGGAACUUCAAGCCCAUCUGUUAUCUUCACCACUGAUCCUGAAAAAGAACGGGAAGAAACACCUAAAGUUGUGAAACGUCAGAAAAGAGAAGAGUCAUUGUGGAAUAACAAGGUCAUGGUAAGUAGAAGCAAGAUUUCCAAGGAAGGAGGAAUACAAAUGGUCCAAAACGUCCCAUCGUGCCUGAUUAUCCCUUCCAAAGCUCUUCCAACACCUACAGAGGUCACAUGUUCGAUAUGGCAUCCACACAUUCUAUCACCACCCCUUGGGAGAAAUGAGGCCUUGGUAAGCAGUGUGCUAGAACUAGCUUGUGGAAGCCUAUCGGGUACAAAGAAAAGUUACAAGUUCAAUGGGAAAGUGAAGUUGGCUUUAUCCCACAGUGCUAGUGACAUCAAAGGAUACGAAUUGGUAAUCAAAGAAUUGAUCAAUGAGAAGACCAAUGAUUGGAGAGACUUGCAAACCAAAUGGGCUUGGAAACCAUCUGAUGUCAAAGAUGAGCAUUCCAGAUUGGAAGAAUACCCAGAUUGGUUAUUUCCAUUUGCGGAGGCAGAAAUUACGAGUUUUUCUUCAUUCGCGGUUGUCUGGCGUCUCAAGUCUUUCACGUUUCAAAACCUUUCGACAUUGUCAUCUUCAUUUGCCUGCAUUCUGUCAGACCAUCCGGGAGUGAGUGUAACAUUCCCUGUAGGUUCUCUCCCUCCAGGAAAAACCAUCGCUCUCACUGUAAAGGUGCAAGAGGUUCCACGAAGUGAUUAUAAACGGAAAGAAUUACCAGUUGCCGGACCAAUUAUUCAUAUUUCACCUUCCCAACCAGUUCAUCUUUUAGCGCCUGCAAGGCUCACGAUCCCUAUUACGCUUCGUGGAGACAAACCCAAAUUUCCAGAUUAUUCGGCCACUUACGUCAGGAUAUUUUGCCGAAGCUCUGAAGAUGAAACAGAAUGGAAUGAAAUCACAGAGCAGUUAGUGGAAAAUGCGGGAGCGGCUUGGUCGAAGGAGGUUUUGUCGGAUGAGAGGGAUGAUAAGCGUCUGUUGAUGCCGGCGGGGAUGUUUUUCGUGGUGGACGGUGGAUGGUUGCUUUCGCGGUGGACGUAUUGUAGUGUGGUAUUGGGUUUGGUAUAUGGCUGGUAG